AUGUCCCCGUCAGGUCUGUCGCCGUGCGCUGCUUGCAAGCUCCUCCGCCGGCGAUGCGCGCAGGAUUGCAUCUUUGCGCCAUACUUCCCCCCCGACGAGCCCCAGAAAUUCGCCUUCGUCCACAAGGUCUUCGGCGCCAGCAAUGUGAGCAAGAUGCUCCAGGACCUUCCUCUCCACCAGCGCGGCGACGCCGUGAGUAGCAUGGUCUACGAGGCAAAUGCCAGGGUCAGGGAUCCGGUCUAUGGCUGCGUUGGCGCGAUCUCGGCACUACACCAGCAGAUAGCGCAGCUCCAGACGCAGCUCGCAAUCUCCCAGGCCGAGAACGUUUGCCUUCGAAUGCAGCACAGCGCGAUGGUCACCAACAUCGUCGGGCAGAACCACAGCGUCUCCUCCGCCACCACCGCCGCCACCACAAUCACCAGCGAGAGCAUCAAAAUCUCCCCAGCGUCGUCGCCGCCGGCGGCGCCAAGCUCGCCCGACCGCGAAAGCCACCACUUUCGGGGGAUCGUGGCGCUCGAAGCGACUGGCCCCCUCUGGACGACGUGCUAGAGUAGAGAG